AUGUUGACCAACAACGAUCUGAUCGAGCAGUUCUACUACCCAAGCGAAUCCCAUACGGAUUUGGAUUCCCAUGUCCAAGUUCAAGGCAUGGAUGCCUUUCAGCAGUUGGAGCAGUUCAUGUACCAACAGGAGCUCUGUGGCAGCGGCGACAGUCUCUCGGAUGAGACCAACAGUUGUUCCAUGGAGCAGCUGUACUAUGACACCCCUGCUGUCCUGGGACUAGAGCACAUGCUCUCUGUCCAGGCCGAGGAGCACCAGCAUCAGCAGAAUCAAGCGAAUUCUUUGGGCAAAUGCCAGCAAAGGAGUUCCAAUUAUUGGACCAAGCAGCAGCAUCAGCAACACGGAAGCAAGCUCUCCACUUCCAUCUCCUCAUCAUUAUCCUCCUCAUCAUCAUCAUCUUCUUCGUCUCCUGUGUGCAGUGGGGCUGUCCUUAAGAAGCGUCGCUUGGCGGCGAAUGCACGGGAACGCCGUCGGAUGAAUAGCCUGAAUGAUGCCUUCGACAAGCUGCGGGAUGUGGUUCCAUCUCUGGGACACGAUCGACGACUCUCAAAAUACGAAACGCUACAAAUGGCCCAGGCAUAUAUCGGGGAUCUGGUCACGCUGCUCUCAAGAGACUAUUGA